CGCUCCACCCAACAACUCCCGGAUCUCUGGACGAUUGGGUCAGCUUCGCGCCGCGUCUCCUCUCUCGGCAACGCGUUAACCACACGGCAACUCUUCAUUUGACUCUCUUAAUCACUCUCAUUUUCCUCUUUGAUUUUGAAUCCAUUCCCAGCUACCCCAACCAGAAUAAAGACUUCUCAAAACCCUUCCUUCCCGUCCGGCGAUCGUCGAACGCGUUUCCAUGAACGCCGCAGCGAGCUCUCGCCUUCUCUCCGAUCUGAAUCGGCCCGGCGGUUCAACUCCUGGUCUCCGCAAUCCCGAUCUCCGGCCGCCUUCGUCAUGUCAUCAGACCCGAAUUUUUGUGUCCACGAGCUUCCGUUCGUCUGAAGUAUGUGGUCAAGCAUACUCAAUAUCCUGUUCUAACUCACUGGACAAACAAAAUGGUAUUUCUUGGGGAUCAAAGCCUUAUGGUCCCGUUCAGAGAAGAAAGCUGAGUGGACAAACAUUUUGUUCUUUGGGAGUAUUCUCCUAUCCUGGAACUGGAAGUACAUCUGAGUCUCCCUCACAUGCUGCAGAAGAAAGGGUUGGAGUGUUGCUUCUUAAUCUUGGAGGACCUGAGUCACUUCAUGAUGUUCAACCAUUUUUGUUCAACUUAUUUGCAGAUCCGGAUAUUAUACGUCUCCCCAGGUUAUUUCGCUUCCUCCAGCGACCAUUGGCACAACUUAUUUCAGUGCUUCGAGCUCCCAAAAGUAAAGAGGGGUAUGCUGCCAUAGGAGGUGGUUCACCUUUGCGGAAAAUAACAGAUGAUCAGGCAAAUGCAAUUAAAAAGUCACUGGAAGCUAAGGAAUUCCCUGUCAAUGUGUAUGUCGCAAUGCGAUAUUGGCAUCCAUUUACUGAGGAAGCUGUUCAGCAGGAAAGUAUUAAGAGGGACAGGAUUACAAGGCUUGUUGUGCUGCCUCUUUAUCCUCAAUUCUCAAUCUCAACUACUGGAUCAAGCAUUCGUGUUCUGCAAAAUAUAUUUAGGGAAGAUGCAUAUUUGUCUAGACUGCCUGUUUCAAUUAUAAACUCCUGGUAUCAGCGAAAAGGCUAUAUCAGAUCUAUGGCUGAUUUGAUUGAAAAAGAGUUGGAGAAUUUUUCAAAGCCUGAGGAGGUUAUGAUAUUCUUCAGCGCCCAUGGGGUUCCAGUCAGUUAUGUUGAGGAAGCAGGAGAUCCAUACAGGGAUCAGAUGGAGGACUGUAUUCUGUUGAUUAUGCAAGAGCUGAAAGCAAGGGGAAUCAACAAUGAUCAUGCUCUUGCUUAUCAGAGCCGUGUAGGACCUGUACAAUGGUUGAAGCCUUACACUGAUGAAGUAAUUGUUGAGCUUGGCCAAAAAGGCGUGAAGAGUCUUUUGGCUGUUCCUGUAAGCUUUGUCAGUGAGCACAUAGAGACUCUUGAAGAGAUUGAUAUGGAGUACAAGCACUUGGCUCUUGAAUCCGGCAUUGAAAAUUGGGGCCGAGUACCUGCUCUUGGUUGUACCUCUUCCUUCAUUACAGAUCUAGCCGAUGCUGUUAUUGAAGCUCUACCUUCAGCCGCAGCCAUGAGGGCAACGAGUCUCCACUCCGAAGAGGAUGAUAACCACGACCCAAUUCACUACGCCAUCAAAAUGCUUUUGGGUUCGGUCUUGGCAUUUGUUUUGCUGUUAUCACCCAAAAUGGUACUGGCCUUUCGAAAUCACCUCCUAUAAACGGAGCUGAGGAUACGCAUACUGGAAGAAGAAGUGAACACUCAAAACUAUGAUUAUGAUGGAAUACGGCUAUUGUAAGUCUGCUUUUCCAUUUUCUUUUGCUUUCCUUUUUCCUGCUGUCAUCAUCAAGGCAAGAAAAUCUUGAGGUGAGAUAGAUAUAGAUAUACUAGACAUUGAUACUGAGAUUUUGUUAUAGGUAAGGAACAGUCCUAGACGCGUUCCAUCAUCAUUUGUUCUGUUAUAUGCUGCUCUAUAUAGAGACUUGCCAAAGCAAUCAGCUUCCAUCGUACUAUUUUAUAUAUAAUAAAAUCACUUUUUGUCUGAAA